AUGUGGUCGAAUACAGUGAAUAUUAAGAAUAUUUCUACAGAUUUGUCUGAAGAAGAAGUAUGUCGUGAGGAAAAUAAGAGGAAAAAGAAUAUUCUUGUUACUAAUAUGUGUUUUAAUUGGAGUAGACAGGAAGAUGGGACACAAGAAAUGAGGAUAAAAUUUGAUUCACGUAAAGCAAAAGCAUCAGCACUGCUUUUGGACGGCACAGAAUUGAAAGGAUCGAAACUUUCAGUAGAGGAAAAUGGACUUAGAAAUAUAGAAGGAUACAUAGGAAUACUUAUGUUUUAUAUUGUAAUUACUCUUAAUUGUGUAAGAACAUACAUUAGUCAACACUCAGUUCGACUUACUAAAUACUUAUCAUAUGGCUAUGUUUUUGCAGAUAAACUACUUCAAAAAGGAAUAGAAUUGGACAGAAAAUACAAGAUAUCGGAACGUUUAUAUUUGAUUAUGCAAGUUGCUUUAAAAAAAGUUAAAGCUAUCAACAAUAGAUAUGCUAUUGAUCAAAAAAUUAAAAAAAUUGAUUCGAAAUACAAUAUCUUAAAUACGGUCCAAGGAAAAAUUUAUGCUAUUGCACGCUAUUUCCAACUUAUAAUGAAUACAAAAACAGGAAACAAAAUACAUAUAUUUUUUACAAAAUGCUGUAGAAAAUGCAGAGGCAUACAUGAAGAAGCACUUAGGCUUGCUAAUUUAAAGCAAACUAAAAUCAAACAAACAUAA